UAGAAUAGAAGUGAGACCCAUUCACAACGCGGCAUUCAGCAUUCCAGAUUCUUACCGACGAAGAAGGAACCAAGGAACCACGGAACCAAGGAGAUGAAGCACUGAAGCAGGAGUCUCCCUUGUUGAAAAUCCCUAUCGAUUACCUUAGGGUUAGCUUAUGGAGUCUCUAGGAUGUAUGGAUGUACGGAAUAUGCUUUGCUUUCUUUUCUCAAAUUUCCACAAUCCCACGAUUUCACGAUUUCCACGAUUCUACGAUCUUUUCAUCGUGGACUCAUCGUCAUGUUCCUUUGAUCGAACCUCGUCCUAUAACCCCCAGGGCGAUAUGUAUAAUAUCGGUCUCUAACCUUACAACCCUUGACAUUCUCUCUACCCUGCGGAUACCCUCGUGGAUCCCAUUACUAGACCUGUUAACCGGCUUUGCGAUAAUACGAGUUCGCUGGCUAGCCAACGAUAAAGUGGUCGUAGCGGACCUGGUAAUAAACCGCUGUCUUAAGACGCUUAAGCCGUCGGACCGCUCGAAUACCGAUGACGCCUCUCAUUCCAGGCCUCUGAGCGCCGCAAUUUUCGCUAUCCCCCUCCCGAUAUCGAACUCUUCAACUGCUCGAAAACAUACUAGGUACCAUAACAGGUUCCGUAUCUACUUCAACCUACCUAUAUACUUACCUGCUUGUCUUAUCGUUUCAUUAUACGCCUGAGACUUAUGCCUCCUUACCCUAAGAACUGCCAAUAUCGUUAUUGUCUUUAGCCUCAGUUUCGCCUUCCAUUGCAACAGACCAAUCCGGGCGAACGAAUUCGAAC